UAAACCCUUUGCAGUUUUCAAAACACCAUUAUCACUUUCUUCUCCACCACCUCUCUAUCUCUCUCUGAAAUGGAGUAUUUGUCUAAGCUCAGAAACGACCCUCUUCUCAAUACCACUAGCAGUACCCUCCUCCCAUCCAGUCUUCUCUCAAAGCAUCUUCUUUCAAAUAUCACGGAACUUCUAAGAUUUACCUCUUUCCUAAUAUCUAUCGCAGCUUUCUUCAUCUUUCAUAAAUGGAAACCCAUUCUCUACUUCCUCUUCCUGAUCUCUUGUUUCAUCCUCCUCAAACGCUUGAUCCUCUCAAAAGCCGCUCCUGUUUAUUUAGUUGACUUCUCAUGUCUCAGGCCACCAAGCUUCUGCAGAGUCCCCUUGUCUACCUUCAUUGAAAAUGUUUCCAUGUUUCAAUGUUUUGACUCCGAAAGUAUCUCUUUCAUGGCCAAACUACUCACUUCUUCAGGACUAAGUGAAGAAACCUUUUUGCCCCCAGCUUUGCAAUACAUUCCACCAAACACCCACCUGCAAGAAUCCAUCCAAGAAGUGCAUAUGGUGCUCUUCCCUGUCAUGGAAGACCUUCUGUCCAAAACUAGACUCUCCCCAUGUGAUAUAGAUAUUCUCAUCGUAAAUUGUAGUGGUUUUUGCCCCUCUCCUUCGCUUUCCUCCAUCAUCAUAAACAAAUACUCCUUGAGAAGUGAUAUUAAGAGCUACACUCUCUCCGGAAUGGGAUGCAGCGCAAGCGCCAUCGGAGUUGAUUUGGCUCAAAGUCUUCUGAGAAUUCACAAAAACUCUAACGCCGUUGUUAUCAGCACUGAAAUCUUGUCUACUGGUUGGUAUUCAGGCAACGAGCGGUCCAAGUUGAUCCUUAACUGCCUCUUCAGAAUGGGAAGUGCGGCCAUUUUGCUUUCCAAUAAAAAGGAAGUAAAGAAGUCUUCAAAAUACAAACUGUCUCGGACAGUGAGGACUCAAAAUGCCUUUGACGACCAGGCUUAUUUUUCAGCAGUUCGCGAGGAGGACUCCAAGGGAAACCAGGGGUUUACGUUAAAUCAAAAUGUACUACAAGUCGUCGGAGAAACUCUCAGAUCAAACGUCACCGUUCUUGGUUCCUCAAUCUUGCCAUUCUCGGAGAAACUUUGGCUUGUUUUUUCCAUCCUAUGGAAAACAUAUAUCGACAAAUCCAGUGAAAUCUAUGUGCCAAACUUUAAGACUGUGAUACAGCAUUUUUGCUUGCCAACUUCAGGAAGGGCAAUGAUAAGGGAUAUAGCCAAAGGGUUAAAGCUUGGGGACAAAGACAUAGAGCCUGCAUUGAUGACACUGCACAGGUUUGGGAACCAGUCUUCUUCUUCAUUGUGGUAUGAGCUAGCUUACUUGGAGGCCAAAGUUAGGGUGAAGAAAGGUGACAAGGUUUGGCAACUAGGGCUAGGGAGUGGGCUUAAGUGCAGCAGUCUGGUUUGGGAGUGCAUCAGGCCCAUAGUGGGGGAGUCCAAGAAGGGCCCAUGGGCUGAUUGUAUAUCUUGUUAUCCAAUCCCCACUGUUGAUCACAAAGGGAUUUAGCAGGGUUAUACAAGUCCUAUAUGCAAGUUAAAUAACGAGAAAUUUUACUUUA